CUUUGCGUCCUGUCCCCCCCGCCCCGUUCCACGCGGAUGGGAGAGGGACGUGUGCUGCGGAGAAUCCUGGGAGGUUUCAUUCUUGACUCCUAAUUCCUUUCUGCCACUGCUGCCAGAUGUUGCAGUGUCUCAGGACCGUGCGGAUCCGCUCGGUAACUUCCAAAGCCUCACGACCAGGAGCUGAGCGCGCUGGACCACUUCUGCUAUGACCCUCACCGGGACCUUUUGUGCCGGCUCUCUUCUCCUUAACAAAAGGCUGACGCUUGGCUUCAAUGCCCAGAAGGAGCAGAAUGGAAAGGCCUGUGUGCAUGUUUCUCCAGAGCUAAGUUAGAUCCUUCCCCCACACCUCCCCUUGCAGACAGACACAGCUGCCCUGGGAUUCUUUGUUUGCCUUUUCCCUGCCCCGACCAUGGGAUGUGUGUACUCGGUGCCAGGAGAAGAGGCGGCUGUGGCCAGAGCGUCUCCAGCAAGAGAUAGCAGCUUCAUUGAGAAGAUGAAGAAGACGGGGCGAAACAUAGUGGUUUUCUAUGGAUCCCAGACGGGUACAGCAGAGGAAUUUGCCAAUCGCCUCUCCAAAGACGCUCACCGCUAUGGUCUCCGUGGCAUGGCAGCAGAUCCAGAGGAGUAUGACUUGUCGGACCUGAGUCGCCUCUCUGAGAUCGACAAGUCCUUGGCUGUGUUCUGUAUGGCCACGUACGGUGAGGGUGAUCCUACAGACAAUGCCCAAGACUUCUACGACUGGCUGCAGGAGGCUGACACUGACCUGUCGGGUCUCCGCUUUGCAGUCUUUGGGCUGGGGAACAAGACUUAUGAGCACUUCAAUGCGAUGGGGAAGUAUGUGGACAAGAGAUUGGAGGAGCUUGGAGCCCAGCGCAUCUUUGAGCUUGGGCUGGGGGAUGAUGAUGGCAACCUGGAAGAAGACUUCAUCACCUGGAGAGAGCAGUUCUGGCCAGCAGUGUGUGAGCACUUUGGGGUGGAGGCUACAGGAGAGGAAUCCAGCAUCCGCCAGUAUGAGCUGGUGGUGCACACAGAUGUGAACAUGAACAAAGUGUACACCGGGGAGAUGGGCCGACUCAAGAGCUAUGAGAACCAGAAGCCGCCAUUUGAUGCCAAGAACCCCUUCCUGGCUGUGGUUACAGAGAACCGUAAGCUGAACGAGGGUGGAGAACGACACCUUAUGCACCUGGAGCUGGACAUCUCCAAUUCCAAAAUCAGGUAUGAGUCCGGGGACCACGUGGCUGUGUAUCCAGCCAAUGACACAUCUCUGGUGAAUCAGUUUAGUGAGAUUCUGGGCACGGAUCUGGAUACAAUCAUGUCGCUAAACAAUUUGGAUGAGGAAUCCAACAAGAAACACCCCUUCCCCUGCCCCACCUCCUAUCGUACAGCCCUGACGUACUACCUGGACAUCACCAACCCGCCCCGCACCAACGUGCUCUACGAGCUGGCCCAGUAUGCCACGGACACUGGCGAGCAGGAGCAGCUCCGAAAGAUGGCAUCGUCCACUGCCGAGGGGAAGGCUCUUUACCUCAGCUGGGUGGUGGAGGCCCGGAGGAACAUCCUGGCCAUCCUGCAGGACAUGCCCUCGCUGCGUCCCCCCAUCGACCACUUGUGUGAGCUCCUGCCCCGUCUGCAGGCCCGCUACUACUCCAUCGCCUCCUCCUCCAAGGUUCACCCCAACUCCAUCCACAUCUGCGCUGUGACGGUGGAGUACGAGACCAAGACGGGACGGCUGAACAAAGGGGUGGCCACCAACUGGCUGAAGAACAAGGUGCCCAACGAGAAUGGGAGGAACUCCCUGGUGCCCAUGUAUGUCCGGAAGUCGCAGUUCCGCCUGCCCUUCAAACCCAGCACGCCCGUCAUCAUGAUCGGACCGGGGACUGGCAUAGCCCCCUUCAUUGGCUUCAUACAGGAGCGGGCCUGGCUGAAGGAGCAGGGCAAGGAGGUGGGCGAGACGGUGCUGUACUACGGCUGCCGCCGUGAGCGGGAGGACUACCUGUACCGCCAGGAGCUGGCCCGUUUCAAGCUGGAGGGCGUCCUCACCCAGCUCAACGUCGCCUUCUCCAGGGACCAGGCUGAGAAGGUUUAUGUUCAACACUUACUAAAGAAGAAUAAGGAACACAUCUGGAAGCUGGUGAAUGACGGAAACGCUCAUAUCUAUGUGUGUGGGGAUGCCCGUAACAUGGCCCGGGACGUGCAGAACACUUUCUAUGAGAUCGUGGCUGAGUAUGGGAACAUGAGCCAGACUCAGGCCGUGGACUAUGUAAAGAAACUGAUGACUAAGGGCCGGUACUCUUUGGAUGUGUGGAGCUAAGAGUGAGGAUGGUGGGGCCAGGGAGAGAACGCAGGAGGUGCCGUCCCACCUGCUGCUCCUGGGGGUGACUGCGUUGUCCCCAGCCUCCAGCUACCCCGCUGUCACCCCACCCCCUCCUCCGCCCCCAGGGAGGGCUGUGCACCCCGGCUGGUGGAAGGGGUUGAGAGGGACAGGGGGUGGCUGAGGCUUUGUCCCCAGUGUUGGCCCUGGGGACGCGGGGCAGGAGGGAUGGAUGGCCCUGGGGGAGCUCUGGGGCCCUUUCUGAACACGGGGUGUUGCCUUAUUCCCUGGCACCUCGUUCUGGAGCUGAAGACCACCCUUGUGCCUUGCAGGCUGGGGAUGGCAGCGGGGGUGGAGGAGCCUGGCAGCCCCCACACUGCAGGUUUGGUGCGAGGGCACAGUGCGGGGCAGCGAUCUGCUCUCAUCCCUCUCCUACAGUCCGAUCCUCUCUAGGGCUAGCUCCUGUGCCCCGUGCUAUCACUAAACGACCACAGGUCGCUGCCUGCAGAAAAAGCAGAGCCUGCACCCAGCCAGGACCUGCAGGCACCCCCCUUCCCCCGCAGCCCUCCUGUGCUCCAGCACUCAGCAGGGCCGGGGGCAGCUCCUCUCCCCUCCCCACGACCCGGUCUGGGGUCACAGCUGCAGGGUCCUGCUGGCUCCCUGGUGCCCUGCAGCCGGCAGCUCCCCUGUUCCCAGCCCCCCCAUCACGCUGUGUACGCUCAUUUUUUUUUAAUACUGUUUUUGUUUCGAUAUCUUUGUGAUUUUAAUCAUGGAAGAAAAAACCCAACCUUUCAGGCUGUCCAAUGACUGUAAAUUAUUUAAAUAUACUUGCCCUUGGAAUAAAAAUACUGUUUCUGUA